CUGCCUGUCUGCCUGUCUGUCUGCCUGUCUGUCUGUCUGUCUGCGGGCAACCUGAUCGACUUGCAUCACCAACGCCCAUAAAGCAGCAAUUUACAGGAAAUAAACGUAGCUGCUAGAACGAGAGCCGCCUCGUCCCGUUACAUCCGACCGGCUCGUUGUUCCCGUGCAGUGGUCGUGAUUUUGGAGUGAAGCCUAUUGUGUAGCGUUAUCAGUUAUAGUUCUCUGAUGUAUUACAUCGACUGUAUAAGUUAGCUGAUUUAUUGCUGUGUAACGUUAGCUAGCUCUCCCUGAUUUGGACUGAUACGACGUGGUCUGCGACUGUUUGACCGUCUGACGUUAACCGAACAAUGGCAACCCAGAUCGAUAAAGAGGCUUGCAGAGAAGCUUACAACCAGGUCAGGGACGACAACACGGACACCAACUGGACUGUGUUUAAAUAUGAGGGCUCCAUGAUCGUGCCUGCAGGACAAGGGGCGGACUAUGAGGACUUCAAGAGGAUGUGCACAGAUGACGCCCGUCUGUUCGCCUUCGUCCGGAUCACGAUGGGAGACACCAUGAGCAAACGAGCCAAGUUCACUCUCAUCACCUGGAUCGGUGAGAACAUCAGCGGGCUGCAGCGCGCCAAGAUCAGCACCGACAAGGCGCUGGUUAAAGACAUCGUGCAGAACUUUGCCAAGGAGUUCAUGUUUAGUGACCCGAGGGAACUGGACGCAGACAACAUCCGCACAGAGCUGAAGAAGGCUGGGGGAGCCAACUACGACGCUCAGGCCGAGUAGAGAAGUGCCAUGGUUCACUGGAGGGGGGGGGGGGGGGGGGGGGUGGGGGGGGGUGGGGGGGGGGGGGGUGGGGGGGGGGGGGGGGUGGGGGGGUCAGGGUAGGGUUGGGUGGGAUACAGGUGGGCGGGGGGAUGGGGCAGGGCAGCUACCUCUUGGGGAAAGGGCGAGGCGGGGAGGAGAGGGCGCUUAACGAAAGGGAAAAUGCACUCCUGAUCAAUGCAGAGGUGCACCAGGCACGCUGUGUAGCGCUCGUUUAAGUCUGUAAAAUACUAACAGAUCACCCUAAUAAUGGCUUAUUAUAAACAGUACAUUCUCUUUUUUCCACUAGUUUAACAGCUUAUUAAAAAAACAGCAAACACAUCAGUUACUGAGCAGUACAGAUGCUGUUGAUAUUGAGUGAACGUCUGCAUUAGGGCGCUUAUAUUCUCCAUUUUAACAGUGUAUGUGUGAGCUGCAUUGGUUACAUAUUUGCUUGCAUCGGUUUGUGUUUCUGGAAGAUUAAAAAUUACUUUGCCAGUACGUCUGCAGGCAUAUCAGGGCCAAGUUGCCCCUGGCACACACUGGAACCUCUUCCUCUAGACCUUCAGAUUCUGCACACUUAAAGAUACCUUAGAUGUAGACGAGAUUGAUACCAUGUUCUCGUCUUUACGUUAAAUUUAUAGCUGGUGAUUAGCAGAUUUUUAGCUUAGCACAAAGAAACAGCUGACCUUCUAAUUUACUUACAAGAAACAACAAAUAAGCACAUUUCCCAAAAUGUCAAACUGUUCCUUUAAGGGCUGGCUCUGGUCCAAAGACGGACGCCGACAGGGAAGUUGAUGCGGAUGUGUUACCGCCUCAAACCAACACUCACACAAUAUGCAAGCUCACCACCAUGCACACACACAAUAAAAAGAAAGGAUAUAAGCGCUCUUAAAGAUUACGGACUCUCCCCUCCUAGCCUCUGCCCUCUCCUCAGUCAGCUCAUAGUUGGUUAUCUACUGAACUGUGCAUCGACAUCUCACACUCAUCCUCGUCUAAUGAGGCUGGGAGAAUAAUGGAAGGGUUUCCACUUCAAAUUAGCAUAUGGUGUGAAUGGAUCAUGUUGUAAGAAUGACUUCAUUGACGGGGAUAGACAUUUUAAAAAUGUGUUUGACAACUCUUAGUCAUGAUACACUGUACCUCCAGGAGGAAAAGAUCUCCGUUUUCUAACAAUCUCCUUGGUGAUGGUUGAGUCCUGCUGCCUCCUCAUCUCCAGCCGGACAGCUGUGUUUGGAUUACAUCACAUCCUGAGACAGACUGUAAUUCAUCCAGCUGUCUUCAUACUUCAUACUAGUCCAAAGGGGUCAUUUUUUACUUCUAACUUUCUCCUUUUCCAGCUUUUGUUGGACAUGAUCAAUGUUAGCAGUUUCCAGAGCUGGGGCCUGACUUUGUAGAGGAGAACGUGGCGAGACUCUUGGUCUUACGGGAGGGUUUCUGACUGUAUAUAUUAUGUCGUGGUAAUACAGAGAAACUAAUAUAUGGACCGCUCGGCAGCCUUUAGUAGUCAAGCGCUGAAUGUUUCUCAAAGGAUUCAGAGAGUUGAGAUCUUUUCCUCUGGUGUUUCAUCUCAUGAUCUACCACUUUAAGGUAUUCAAGCCUACUGUAACCUACUGUGUUUGACUGCCUUAGCCUCCCAGGGAGAGAGGGGCAUCAUGGGAGCUUGUGAACACUACGCUGUGAUUGGCUAUCGUCCUUACUUGGGGGGCGGGACUUUGAUCUGCACAUGGCUCAUCACCAUGUGGGCCUGGGCUCAUCCUCCCGACUCAGGAGGAGCCAUUUCUCGGUCGUAGCAUCUCUGUUUAUUUGGUUUCAAACCCUCUCUCCCCCCCCCACCCGCAAAAAAAUGGAUGUGUUUCUUGUACCUUUUUGUUUUUGAGAUGAUUUUAUUUUCUCUGAAUAGUUUUACCUUUUGAUUUUAUUUUUAAGAGCAUUGUUAUCUUGGUAUUGGCAGGAGAGAUUUUCAAAAAAUGAUGCAAAAAAAAGAAAAAGAACAAAAACUGAGUGGGCACAAGAUCAGUCAUUUCCAAAUAAAAAUUGAUGUUUUUUCCAAAA